AUUUUCCAAAAAAAAAAAAAAAAUUUUCAUUAGAAGCUCAAAUUUACCACAAAUCAGUUCAUGUUAAGGACAUGAAAAAAUGAAAAUUAAUUUUGUGACUAUUUUAAUAAUUUUUUACUGUCCAGCGCUUGUUAAUUCAGCUAUUAAAAGUCAAGCUGUGACUACAGAAGAGUUACUGGUGUCAACAGGAAUUUCUGACAUUUGUGAAGAAUUUUUCAUCAAAAAAUCAAUAAAAUUUGACUUAAUUAUUUACGGUGAAAAGACACGUCAUCUUGAUGAUGUUGCUGAUGGAAUCUUGAGGUUGGUUGGACAUUCUGGAUCAACAAUUGUGCAGCAUGUCAAGAAUAUCAAUGUCUGGCAUCACAAUCUUGAAGACUCAGCUUUAAUUCUAUUCAAAUCUGCCACAAAUUUAGCUCAAUUCAACUCCAAAGCUGCAUUCACAAAUCAAUGGCCAAAAUUAAUAAAAUUAUUAAUUUACUCAGAAAAUUACGAAGAUUUUUUGAAAGUUAAAGCUGUCAAUUACUACAUAUCCGAUAAACCAGACAUUACAUCCUACGAAUACUUCAUAAUUCCAAAGAAAUUCAUAAUUACGUUGAUGACUUUUAAUCAUUUCAAGCAUAAUUCAUGCAACAAAAAGGAGGUCGAGUUGAUCAACUUUUACUACAAAACAACGCAAAAAUGGAACAAAACCUAUAAAAAUUACAGGAACUUUGAGAAUCUCAAUAGCUGCAUGUUGACAUACACAGACUCUUUUGGACCAACUUAUCAUUUUAAUAAAGAAAAUCAAGCAGUGUCAAACUGCAUAAAAUUGUCAGCGCCAGAUUCAACAUGCCAAAGAAUGCUAGGAACCAUAGUUGAGCGUCCAGACGUAAAGUUUAGUGGACUUGCUUACGAAAUAUUCGAAGCAAUUGGAAAACGUGGGAAUUUCACAACAAAUUAUCAAUUAAAGGAAGAUUCAGGCCUUUAUGUUAAGCAUAAAGCUAUGAUUGAUCAAAGCAUAACAAUCUUUCUUAGCGUCCAAAAUGAAGGCAUGCUUAAGUAUGUCCACAUGACAUCAACAUUCUUCGACAUUGAAUUCGGAAUUUACGUUAAUCCGGAGGAAUUUUAUUCGAACUUUGAGAAGCUUUUGCUGCCUUUUGAUGACACAAUUUGGACUUUCCUGCUUUUCAUCCUGUUAACGACAGCAUUUGUGAUCUUUGUCAUACGAUUUAGAGCCUAUAAUCUUUUCUAUGGAUUUAACAUCACCACGCCAGCUCUCAAUGUCGCUAGAAUAAUAUGUGGAACUAGUCAGUCACGUCUACCAAAGCAGACAACAGCAAGAUUCAUUCUUAUUACUUUUGUCAUGUUCUGGCUCAUUAUAAGGACAUGCUAUCAAAGUAAAAUGUUUGAUUUUAUCACGACAGACAUGAGAAAGCCAGCGCCGAGAACAUUGGACGAUGUGAUUCAUAGGGGAUACACGAUUGUAAUGAGGGAUGAUCCUGUAAUGAUGGAACCUUUGGAAAGGGAGCUGAUGAGUAUAAGCAAAAGCACAAAAGUCCUGAUUGUCUCCGAUGAGAACCAUCUUACUCAACUUUACUGCAAUAGUGUACUUGAUUCAGCUCUUAAACAUGCCUUCUUAAUGCCAAUUUCCAGUGAAUCUCCAAUGAGCUCAACAUGCAGUGGUUCUUUGAUUCAAGUACAAAAUUUUCAUCUAAAUGCGAUCCCAGCAGGUCUUGGGAUGCUAAGGAACAGCAUUUUAUAUCCAUUAUUUGAUGAAGUUGUGAAGAUGUUGAUUCCAUCUGGGAUUCUGCAGUAUCUGCCUGAAUUUUAUUUUUACCUGCUGCAUGGAAAUAAUGAUUGGAUUUCGGUGCAGAGACCGAGGAUUUUAAAUCUUGAUGAUUUGAGUUUUUUGUUCAUUUUGUGGAUAUCUUCUUGUGGAUUCUCAUCGAUUGUCUUUGUUGCUGAGAUAAUUAGAUAUUUUGUUAUAGAUAAGACGGUUAUUUAGAAAUGAUAAUUUUAAUUUUGGUUAUCCUUUAUGCGUAGAAAUAUUUUUUGUCACCCUGUAUGUAAAAUUUUUAUUUUAAAUAUUUAAAAUCUAUUUGUAGUGUAACAUAGGUUAAUGAUUAAAUUUUUGGUCACCCUGUAUAUUACAUCAAGUUUGGAAAUUAUUUGUCACCCUGUAUUUUCAAAAGUCAAUAUUCAAUGA